AUGAGCGCGAAGAAGCUUGCGCGGCGGGAAAACAGCGUGGAAACCCCAGGAUGACACGGUCGGAGUAUGGACGAACGGGGUUGCCUGGGACUGGCGUUUCCGAGGCGGGCUGAUGACAGAAAUAGUUAUCAAAGUGGUCAAUAAUUUCAUAGCAAAUGCCUUGCAAUGCUUUCUGAUACCCACAUAUAAAGAAACUUGAAGAAUGCGCUUCAUCUUCACCUUGUUUGCUUUUGCCUGCUUCACAUUAAGCGCAAGAUGCCAGAGUCCUCCUUCGCCACCAAGCGCUCCACCACCCCAGCCGUCUCCUCCUGCGCCGGACCUUGUCGAGCAAGUCGACUUGCACCAUCUCUGUGCAAAAGAUGAUGAGGACAUGCGGCCGCUAUAUGAACAGAAUCUCUAUCAGGACCUCUUUUACUGGCAGGCCCGCCUCAACGGCUCUAAACUGAACCGGACGCAUCUGCUUGAUUUGUUUGAUAGCAUGGCUGGAAAGUUUGGUCGAGAAGGCGACCGUGGCGUGUCACGCUAUAUCAGCUCCGAGCACAACGUAGUGCUCAUCAAGGACAACAAGUGGUACACGCCCUUCCGGCCAUUCGAGUACGACACCAACUGCACGGCGCAGGAAACUUGGUGUGAUGGCAGGAUGAUGUUUUCGCAGUGGGCCUUUGAGCGUUGGACAAAGGAGGGGAUGACGUUCCCCGAUACGUUAUUCUUCCACGACAUUGGAGAUGCAGGGGCGUGCUUUGGCUUCGGCGCCUGCACAGCUCCGGUCAUCACAUACUUCCGUCAGCGCCUGGAAAUGGGUUGGCCGCAUCAAAUGAACCCGGACAACGGUGACUACACCCUGCUAAUGCCGAACCUGUACACCGACCUUGACCGAGACGCCAUCAAUGGGCAAUGGAAGCCAUACACAUUUUAUACAUAUCCCUGGGAAAAGAAAAAGAACAAGGCGUUCUUCCGCGGCUCUGGCUACUGCAACAUGUGGCACCGCAACAAGGUCGUGAAAUGCCCGCGCUGGCACCUGACAAACGAGUCUUACUACAACGGCCAUGGGGACCUGCUGGAUGUCCGCAUCAACGGCUGGGAUGAGAGCGGUGUGGGCCGCAAGUGCCCGCCGUACGACCCGGUGCCGCUGCGCGAGAUGCCCCGCUACAAGUACCUUCUUGCGCUGGACGGCGUGUCCGCCUCCAACCGCUUCGCCAAGCUGCUGGGCAUGAACAGCGUGGUGCUCAAGGAGGACUCGCCCUACCUGGCCUGGUUCUACCGCAGCGUCAGGCAGUACGAGCACUACCUCCCCAUCCUGGAACGCCACCCGCUGGAUGUGCUGGACGUCAUGGGCACCUACGGCUCCCCGCAGCGCGACAACGAGCUGAAGCGCAUCGUGCAAAACGCCAACAACUUUGCCGCCAAGUACAUGUGCGACCGGGCCAUUGCGCUCUACUUCCGCAAGGUGCUGAACGAGUACAAGAAGCUGUUUGAUGACAUGGACGGCUUCAUUCAGGGCUACAUCUGGCCGCUGGUGCAGGCCAAGCAGAAGACGCACGUGGACUUCCGCCAGCACCUGGGCCGCCUGCGCCGGCAGGUUGCGGAGGACGAAGCGGCGGCGGCAGCAGCAGCAAAAGUGGCGAGCAGUUAGCGGGGAAGACGCAUACAGCAAGGAGAUGCAUACACGAACACCACGUACCCCCACCCCACCGCAUCAAAAGAAUACAGGUACCGGAAGGCAAAUAGGACGUUUGGCGAGCCGUAGAAAUGUUGGCUUCCUGCAAUGCGACACUCGUGCGUGAACAGAUGUUUGGGUAAGGGGCUGUGGCAGAUCAGCUCAUGUUAGAGACGGCAACAAGCCCUUUGGACUCAAUAUGCUGGCCUUGCAAGCCAGUCGGACACGGCUGUGAGGACGCUGGUUGGGCUGUGAGGCUGGAAAGGUGUGCGUCACUGGACGUUCAUCCUUAUCACCUGCAUGGGACACGUGGCACCCACUGUGGUUCGUGCGUGGUUCUACCGCAGCUACUCCUCAUGUGGACAAUCCUUAUUGAGUAUGACAGGCGGACCCUUCAAGGGUUCACGGGUCACUCCCCUGACCAUCACACCUGGCGAGAUGCUAGCCUCAUGUCGUUGUGAGAAGUGUUCGCAUAGCAGGUUCAAUCUCAAUUUAGCGUCGGGACUAACAGGUGAUGCACACAGUGGGGGUGGGGGUAGAAAGCUCAAGUUCUUACCCCAUGCUCAAGAUUACAGAGCUUUAGGAGAGCAUUACGCACGUAUUAUAAUUUUUUAAGGGGGUGUCUGGUGAGGAAGUUCUGGGCCGCCAAAGUUGGGGGGUCGGUCCUCACGUCCCUGGGGGUCGGCCGGGUUUCGGGAGCCCAUCCUGGCGGAUUCCGGGAAGCGCCCCACAAUUUGACGAGUGUUGCGGAACUAAUGCGUACGUAGACCAGAGCGGAAGGCGGAGUGGGCUUGCAGGCGGCACGAGAGUAGGCAGUCAGUAGCGCAAGUUGCGAAUUCACAUGUUACCUCGUAACCGACGGUAAACGCUGUGGACGGUCGCGCCUAUGGCUGGCUGACGGAAGGUGGCUGCUGUAUUGGGAUGGCUGGGCUGGACGACGCCGGCCGGGCUGGCGUUGCUUGGGACUACCAAAAAGGAUGCGCCCGAAACCAACCUGGAGAACACCAGCGCCACCGGUGCCCAGCACGACAUGUAAGGGAGGGAGGGAGGGACAGGAGGCGUGAUGCACUGCAGCGUAGAAGCUAUGGCGCUAGGCGCGAGGCAAGCAACGUCAACCCCAAAGCAACCGCGAGGACAUGGUGCGCAAGCCGGGCUGCGGGCUGUGGCUGUUAUGGCUGUGCGCUGCGCGGGGUGACUGACGAAGAACAAGCUAAGUACGGGGACGUGAUGGAUGCGGUUAAAUGAGCAAGGGCGCCGGGCGGCCGAGGAAGUAACGACAGCGCGAUUGCUGCAUGGCUCAUCCCGGUCGCACUGCGGUCGGCAUGGGCGCGUGCGGUGCAUGCCGUGCGACACCAGGAAGCCACAAGCAGCAAACACAAACGAAGCAGAACUAGGGGCCAAACGCAGCACCACGAGGCUCAUAUGUCGGGGUUGGUGGAGUCAAGUUGGGCCCUGACAGCAUGUGAUGGCUCGGCGUCUUCGGGUGCUGGGACUGUCCCCUCUGUAACAUCCGCAUUCA